UCGGGAUUAGAACUGAGCCUUGACCGUAGUGCUGUGGUUAUUUCUGAUCGUGCUCCGACGUCGCUGGCUGUAUCUGGCAAAUUGUCGUCUACCGUGAAUGCACAUGAAGAAUCGAUUUCGAAACGGCGUGCCUCGGAGACGACAGAUUCUAGGAGGUUGACGGCGACGCUUGUUGCGGAGGCUGCGAAUACGAGUGAGGUUUUGCAUGUUGAUGUGGAUUCGGUUGGUGACGUGUUGGUCUGUGAUGCCAAGGCUGAUGUUGCUACCGAGGUUGUGGCUGAGGCCGAGGCGGAGUUGGACUUGGAUGGUGCUGGUGAUGUCGAGGCUGGAUCCGGAUCGCGACUGGAUGUUUCGUUUUCUGAUGGUGUUGUUGGUCUGUGUUCUGCAAUUCGUGGUCCGGUAUCGUUACGAGCUUUUGCUGAGUCGGAUGGGUUUUGGAACAUUGGGGUGUCUGGUCCUCGUGGUUCGAACAAUUCGGAUGUUGCUGAUUCCGAUUUCGAUCGUGUUGUUCAUCGCUCUAGUGCCUCGCGCUCGGGAGAAAGUCAAAUUUCCUUUCGGACAUCGGGGACUACGUCGUCCGUUCGAUUUCGUCGGCUUUUGAGCAAGCAAGAUAAAUGUAUGGCUUUUGACGAAUAAUCUCAGCGACCUCCAUCAAAAAGUAUGAUGGAAAGUAAUUAUCAACUUCGGCGCAGUCAGCGUAUCCGAGCUCCCGCCGUGUCCGACCCGCACCUUCGUGUCGUUCGAGACUACGUUAUUGGGAGUGAUGGAUAUCCAUACCAAGUUCCUAUCGGUAUCCAAAUAGAACCGACAGAAGAGGAACUUACAAGGUACCGACGAAAUCAGAAACGCUUGAGACUCCAUAACGAAUAUCAAAAUAACCCGGAUCGGCUGCAAAGACUGCGACAGGACCGUGUGAAAAAGCUCCAAGCUUUAGCCAGGCGGUACCGUCGUUCUACAGGCCGUCAAGUCACGGAAAACUUCAACACCCAACGGUUGAGUUCUCAACAGUUUGCACUAUGGACCUACACUGAAUUACGAAUGAAGUUCGGUAUUGCAGUACUGGAAAAAUUCUAA